AUGGAGCAAGUUGGUAGUCGCGAAGACCACAGUGCUGGGGAUCGCCUUCCAGCCGGAAAGGGUAGCGUAUGUCACGGAUAUUCCCGCAAGACGAAGUAUUGCAGUGCUGAUCAUGCUUAUGCUGGGCUUUGCAGCACCUACUUGUUAAGCACAAUACAAUUAGUAGAAGAAUUUUUUGGAUUACAAGCAAGAAGACCCUCCUCCUCUUUCCUCCUGACACCAUAA